GCCAUAUUUGAGUUGUUGCGCAGCCUUGAUGACGGUUGCUUUCGUAUACUACUUCCUGUAAGACUUAGGCUUUAAAAGUGUUCUUUUCUCUCUGCUCAUUGCUCUUUUCAUCCAGAUACCGGACGAGGCAGUUCAUGCCGAAGGAAGAGAAAAGAUACAAAUGGCUCGAAAUAUGGAAACUGAGAUCGAGAAUGAAGCUUAUGCUGAACUAACACCUAUACAAAAGUUUUUCUUCGGUCGAUCUAUUUUUAUAACUGGAGCCACUGGAUUUGUUGGCAAGGUUCUUGUGGAAAAGCUGUUACGAUGCUGUCCUGGUAUUGGAAUGCUUUAUCUUCUAAUGAGACCAAAGAGAAAUAAGACUGCUGAGGAGAGAUUAGAGAUCCUUUUUAAGUCAGAACUAUUUUCAAAACUGAAAGAGGUUAAUCCAACCUUUCAAAAAAAAGUGCGCCUUAUCGAUGGAGACUUGUUGAAAGAAAGGCUCGGGAUUUCCGAUGAGAAUUUCGAAGAACUGAAAGCGACUGUUUCUGUUGUCUUUCAUUCGGCAGCCAGAGUGCAGUUCAAUGAUCCCAUCAAAGUGGCAGUGCAACACAACAUCGUUGGUACUAAAGUAUUUAUGGACAUGUGUCAAGAAAUGCCUAAUCUAGAGGCCGUGGUGCACGUUUCAACAGCAUAUGUACGGAAAGAGGAAGAUAAUUAUGUGUAUGAACAAAUCCCAAAAACCAAAGUAACUCCCAAGCAAAUUUUGGAUGCCAUGGAGUGGAUGGAUCCCGCAGGUCAGAAAGCUGUUGAAGAUUACCUAUUGGAAGGAAAAUUCACAACUUACUUGGUUACCAAAGCGCUCGGAGAAGUGGUCGUUUCUCAAGAAUGUCGUGGCACACCAACAUCGAUCGUUAGGCCUUGUAACAUUAGUCCUACGUUUCGAGACCCUUUUCCGGGAUGGUGCGAUUCUAUACAAGGUCUUUCUGGAUUAAUGUUAGCCGGAGCUAAAGGAGUUUUAAGAACGUUAAUGUCAGUGGAAGAUCUGAAAUUGAAUGUCGUACCUGUUGAUUUAGUGGUCAACUGUAUGAUUGUCAGUGCAUGGCAUGUCGCUAAACAGAGGCCAUCAUCCGUAUAUGUUGUGAACUGCGUAAUGGAUUAUGAAAAACUGCCACUGGCCGAUGAAGCUAUCUUAAAGAAAGCUUUAGAAAAAAGAACGCAAUAUCCUUUGGUCAAUAUGUUUCGAUAUCCUGAUUUCAAAGUAUACUACAAAUGGGUUCCUUACAGAAUACAUUCAAUAAUUGAUGAGUGGAUCCCGGCUUAUAUAUGUGACUUCUUUCUCUAUAUAUUCACAGGGCAAACAGUAUUGGUUCGAGUGCAUAAAAAGAUCAAGUUCAUUUAUGACAUAUUCUUGAGAUUAGGAAGGGAGCCUUGGAUUUGCCGUAUAGAAAACUUCAAUGCCAUGAAAGACAACCUCAAAAACGGAGAUGAAGAGGUAUUCAAUCUGGAUACAGAUAACUUUGACUGGGAUGUUUACAUGGAAGAUUGCUUCUUGGGAGGUCGAAAAUUUAUUGCACAUGAAGAUCCUUCGAACAUACCAUACGCAAAGAAAAAGGCUCAAAUAUGGUGGCUCGUGACAACAGUUCUCAAAUGGUUCUUUAUUUUGCUACUCAUCUACUUUAUUUUUCCACGUUCUUUGUUCGGUAAUGAAGAGCGAAUUCAUACGAUUCACUCUUAGAUGGAUUCACAACAUUAGCUAUUAGUCUUUUUUUAAAUAAAUUAAAACUACGAUUUAUUUUAUUUACUAAGUAGUACGAUUUAGUUUAUUUUUAUUUUUUGGAGACAUUGAACUGAACGGCAUUGCAUUGUCAUCAUAUUUUGCAGUCAUUUAUUCAUUUUGAAUCAAAUAAAAAUAUUACAUAGUUUA